UCUAUAGAGCCAACGAGUCUGUUUCCCAUCUGCAAGCAGAGUAGUUACUAGUAGUGCGCGGGUCUCUUGCAAAGAUGGUGGGCGCCAUCACCGUCGGUGCUGCGCGCAAGAUGGCUGCUGAGGAAGAACCACUGCUUGAUGUUGCCGCGCUCAAGGGGAAGGAGGAGGAGGAAGCCGCGGAGAAGAUCAAGCUCCAGAGUGCAGUGAGGAACUACACCACCUUCCUCUACGUCGGCUUCGUGUUCGGCACACUCGCGCCGAGGGCGGCGGUGAAGGCCGCGCCGGCCGCCGUCGCCUCCGCCCAGCGCUUCCUCGCCGGCGGCUACGACCUCACCGUCACCGUCGCCUUCUUCGCCGCGGCGACGCUGCUCCUGCAGGCCCGCCUCGCGCGCGCCCUCAGGCCCUCCACGAACACGAAGGCGCGGCUGACCCCUCUCGCCGCGUGGUCCCUAGCCGUUGUCACGUGGUGCUGCAUCACGUCCGUCUUCCACCACUGCCUCACCUUCGGCGAUGAGAACCUGGGCGGCUACGGCGAGUGGGCGGCCUCCGCCGGCGCCUCCUUCGCGAACCUCUUCAUGUCCGCACGCACCGUCAUGCGUCACCUCGCUUGAAGAGGAAGAGGAGGGGGACGCUUCGCCGGGAGAACAGAGCACUUGCAGAGGGAGCGUGCCUGCAGGCUGCAGUAUCUUCGUUUAUCUAUCGUGUUUUUUCUCUUUUCGUAGUGUUUAAGAAGCUGGCGAGCUGCUAGGUCGUAGAAGUGGCCCUGUCAAUGGCCGUGUGGUGCUUUUGCCUGUCUACUGUGACAGUGUGUGGUAGGGAUUUUCUUUGCAUGGUUGGAGUGGUUGGAACCUGGAAGGUGUCUAUUCUCGAUUACUGGGAUGCUGUAGGGAUUUUCGUAAUGUUGAGGAAAAACUUGUGAUGGGAGAACAAGGAAGGCGUCCUGAUUAUCUGUGUC